UUUCCUUUUGGAAAGUCCUUCUUAUGUACAACCGCAUGGGAUAGGAUACUCACAAUCAGCAACCUUGUAGAGGGGUCUGUCCCUUGUUAAUUGGUGCUGCUUGUGUCAUUGUGAUGGGGAAUCAAUGGAUCAUAUUCUGCUCCAUUGUAAGGUUGCUCAUGCAUUAUGGAGUGAAGCUUUUUUGAUAUUUGGGAUUCAGUGGGAGAUGCUGAAGACAAUUGCUUCUCUUCUUUUUGAAUGGAGGAAUUGUUUGGGAAAAUGUCUUUCAAAUGUUCGGAAUAUGGUACCAGCUUGUCUUAUGCGGAUAGUGUGGAGGUCAGUGAAAAUGCCAGACAUCCUGGGUGGUGGUGCACACACUGUAAGAUCCCAUGGAGUUGCCGUUGCAAAAAUUCAUAAGCAUGAUUGGCUGAUUUUGUUGCUUCUUGUGGUGAUUGAGAUCGGUUUGAACAUUAUAGAACCAUUCCACCACUUUGUGGGAGAGGAAAUGAUGACAGACCUCAAAUACCCGUUGAAAGGCAAUACCAUUCCCUUUUGGGCUGUUCCAAUUAUUGCAAUAUUGUUGCCUUUCGUUAUCUUUCUUAUUUACUACUUCAUCAAAAAGGAUGUUUAUGAUUUGCACCAUGCCAUAUUGGGCCUUCUGUUUUCUGUACUUAUUACUGGAGUUAUAACUGAUGCAAUCAAAGAUGCUGUUGGUCGUCCACGUCCAGAUUUCUUUUGGCGUUGUUUCCCUGAUGGCAAACCGGCGUUUUAUCCUACUAUCGCAGGCAAUUCCACAGCCAAUGUCUCAGGGGACGUUAUGUGUAGUGGAAUAAAUAGUGUCAUUAAGGAAGGAUACAAAAGUUUCCCAAGUGGGCAUACAUCUUGGUCCUUCGCAGGUCUUGGCUUUCUUGCUUGGUAUUUGUCUGGAAAAGUCAGGGCAUUUGAUCGUAGGGGCCAUGUUGCAAAACUCUGUAUCAUUUUCCUGCCACUACUAGUUGCUGCUCUGGUUGGAGUUUCUCGAGUAGAUGAUUAUUGGCAUCACUGGCAAGAUGUUUUUGCUGGAGGACUUUUAGGGACGACUAUUGCUUCAUUUUGUUACUUGCAAUUCUUUCCGCCUCCAUAUGAUAUAGAUGGUUGGGGUCCUCAUGCAUAUUUUCAGAUGCUGGCAGAAUCCGGAAAUGGCAAUCAAUCCUCAGCCACCAACGUAAAUCAUGCAAAUGUGCACCAAUCAGAACUUCAAAGUAUAUAUAUCCAACCUCAACAUGGUUAAACAUAAAGAGUUGAUACCUGAGACUCAAGCCCUAUGUUUACAUUGGGAAAAGGUAGGGGAGAGAGACUUGGGCUGCAGAGAAGAAACAGACAAUACUAGAUGUCCAUAUUCUUCAAGAUUAAUAGAAUGUGUGAAUUACAUCUGCAGCAUAUGAACUUUGAACUUUUACCCAUGGAACUGACAUCAACUGUCCUCAUUCCUUUAUUUAUUUUUAGUUUUCUUGGCUGUCCACUGGUUCAUCUGUUCUUUCGGUUAUGACCGGAUCCGAGAUCGAGCAACACCCGAUUUGUUACCUCUCAAACAACACAAUUUUGAUGUAUAGUUUAGUGAUUGCUUGGACAAACUUCUGGGCAUUAUAUUGGGAUAAAUCAUAAUAUCUUUGCAUGUUGGUUCUGUAAAGUGAAGUACUAAUUUCAAGAUUCGAAAAUUGAUGAUGUUAGUGAAAUAUGGAGUUUAUAAUCUCUUCACUAGUGUCAAAAGAAUGUUUAGCUAUAAAACUCCCUUUU